UUUCAUAUGCGUGCAAUUUUCUUUUCAUUAAUCAAAUUUUAAUUUAUGUAGUCAGUGGUAGCGUUCAUUUAAACAGAGUUUCAAGAAAUUAAAAACAAGUUAAAUUGCUAUAUACUCACAUACAAAUACUUGAUGAUAUAUGCUGUAUUUGGAUAUAUUUUGUGACUCAUCUGUUUACAAUCAGUGUUCAUUUAUCAACGUCGCUCUGUUCAAAAUGGCAAUGAAACGGUGUCAACAAAAAGGUUUAAACUGGCAUGGCGCAGCGGAUUCCUAUCUUUAAGGACGACUUAAGUUUUGCUGAACGACAGGGGCGUGUCUGGGGAGACAUGGAACGCGAUUUGGAGCGACGAAGGCGCGAGUGGGAGGGUGAAAUUGAGCGCAUGCGCAAAGACUUCUUUACUCUAAAGCCCGAUGAUAAUGGACGUUUAGAGUCCAUAAGUGACAAGUUCAAAAUGGGUGAGGGGUUGAAAGAUGAGGCCCGGGGAGUUGUGGAAAGGGACGAGACCGGACAACCGGUGUUUCGUGUUCGUUUCAAUGUAGAUUCUUACAAACCUGAGGAGGUGAGUGUGAAAAUCGACGCUAAUAAGCUCAUAGUACACGCUAAACAUGAGGAGAAAACCGAAGGCAAAAGCAUGAGCCGCGAGUAUAGCAGAGAGGUUGACAUACCUCGAGAAAUUGAUCCCAUGGCCCUCCAGUGUUCCAUCUCAACCGACGGUGUUCUUACUGUCGAGGCGCCAAUGCCGUCAGGUCAGUUUGUUGCAAAGGAUGCCACCGGGCCAAGGCCACCGCCCAUUGAGCAGAUUAUCCAGACAAGCAAUGCGUCACCUGUGUCGAGUGGUGCUCGGAACACUCCGCCACCACCACAGCAGGCACCGCCAUCACAGCAACAAAAGCAUUCGUCAACGUUCACUACUUUCCUUUCCGGUUCUCCUGCAAAGCCGCAGCAGCAAAGCACUCCACCGCCGCCGCCACCGAGCGCGGCCUACGGAGCCUCACAGCCAAUACAACACUCCGUUCCGCAACCUCCUCAGGCGCCCUCCGGAAGCUCUUUCAGCACCGUACACGAGUCAGAUCGGAAGUUCAAAGUGGAUGUCGAUAUCGAAGAUUUCGCACCGGAGGAGUUGUCGGUGAAGACCGUCGACAAACGCCUCGUGAUCAGCGCGCGACGCGAGGAGAAGAUUGGAAACAGGACGUCUACCAAAGAACUAAACAGAGAGAUACAUCUACCCGAUACUGUCGACCCAUAUGCUGUCAAAGCAUUCUUUUCCGACACCGGAAAGCUAGUAGUUGAAGCUCCUUACACUCGAGCAGUUCCAAUCUCACAUUACGGCGAUGGGUUCCAUAACGCCGCGGCUGGGCGAUAGACCAAAACAGCAAUGAUCCAGAUAUGAAGUUCAUUCAAAGCUGUAGUCCAAACUCUAGUAUUCUACUUAUAUGUAAAAUAUAAUUUAAUUAUUUAAUUAUUGUAAUUGCUGGUGUACUUUCUAAGUGUAAAUAAGGCAAAUAACUGCAGGAAACACUCAACUCUUCUUGUAAAACAACAGCAGGGUGCAAGAUGUACAACUUAGUAAUUCUACAAAUAAUGUGUUCUGUGUUUAUGUCGAAUAACACUUGAUCAUAACUCCAAGUUAUGCUGAAGAGCAAUAUAAUAUUUGUAGUAGUCAACGUUUUUGUUGGAUAUUUUCUUGCCAUGAAAUACUUUUACAUAAUGUCAAUAAAAUAGCUUAAAACCA